UCGUCUUCUCUUUCACACAUAAAAAAAAAACACUCUUUUUCUCUCUCAUAACUCGCUGUGUGUUUUUUCUCUCUCAGAAAAUCCGAAAUUUAUCCUCAAUUUCUCUUCUUUUUGUCUCCAAAACUUCCAUAUACUUGCUCAGCAAUGCAUGAUCUUCAUUUUAAUUCUAGUUUCGAGUUUUGAUACUCUAAUUUUGAUCCGCUUUGCCUUGACUCACUGAGUUUGAAUAGAAAUAAUGCUCGAGGCUAUGGAGAGUUCAGUCAAUGGAGGAUUCUCGCACUUGCAGAUCUGUGGAGACAGCAGCGAAGAGGAGCUUUCCGUGUUGCCUCGUCACACUAAGGUGGUUGUCACCGGAAAUAACAGGACCAAGUCGGUGCUUGUGGGUCUUCAGGGAGUCGUCAAGAAGGCUGUUGGGCUUGGCGGUUGGCAUUGGCUGGUUCUUACAAAUGGCAUAGAAGUAAAGUUACAGAGGAAUGCCCUUAGUGUGAUCGAGGCGCCCACUGGCAACGAGGAUGAUGAUGACUUGGAAUUUGAUAAUGUGCAGUGGAAUGGAUCUGAUAUGGCAUCCGAUGACACGCAAAAGUCCCAUAGAUCAAGGCAUAGGACCCAUAAAUCAACGGGGUCAUCUCACAAGACUAUUAGCAGGUCCCUCUCUUGUGACUCGCACUCUAAGGGCUCUGUUUCCACACCUCGUGGGGCCGCGAGAGUUGACCUCAGCAAAUUGGAGAUGGCUGCCUUGUGGAGAUAUUGGAGACACUUUAAUCUUGUGGAUGCUAUCCCCAACCCAUCUAAAGAGCAGCUGGUAGAUGUUGUUCAGAGGCAUUUUAUGUCUCAGCAAAUGGAUGAGUUGCAGGUCAUUGUGGGAUUUGUUCAGGCUGCGAAGAGACUGAAGACCGUCUGCAAGUGACGACAGCAAGCAAAAGUGAGAUGUUGGAGAUUUGCUUAAUCUCAAUGCUAACAGAUACUGGUACCUAAAUGUCCCCUUCCCUGUCUGUAACAUAUGUAUGGCUUGUUUAUCAUUAUCGUUUAUGUUAGUAUUUAGUUGUAGUAGUUACUUUGUCCCAUCUAUAGAGGUUUUCAUUUCUUCUUUUUGCUGCCCUUUUUGAUAGUGUAGCUAUGUAGAUAUUAUGUAAACCAGUAACUAGACCUCCAAGAAGUCCCUGUGGCAUUUCUUCUAAGCUUGGUUUAAUGUAUUGCUGUCGUUGGGGAACUGGACUUCUGAAAAUGUAUAUAUUCUUGGUUUUAUGCUCC